UAUUAUUCAACGGUAUGAAUGCCUGUAUGAAGUGGUGAUCCAGAAGUGGAAGUGCUGUCCAAAUGGUGAAGACUUACGUAAAAGUGGUUUUUUAUGGCUUUGUGUUGAGUGUGAUCGGUGUUGGCAUUGGAUCUACUUUUGUGCCACAACUCAAACCACAGAAGAGAGAUUUCACGAUCAAAACAUCAGACAAACGAUACAUAGAAACUCUUCCAAAGAGCGCUGCCAUGAAGUCAAUCAACGCUGCCAUCAAUUCAGACGAACCAUUCUUCGGCCGCAAACCCACGAAGGAUUAGAUUAUC